CUCUCCACUCCUGAACGUGCUGCUUAUUGCACUGAGAGACAUGAAGCAAGAGGGCUGGCUUUCUACUCCAGGGCUGCUGGUCUGCCUGUGCCUUGGCACCCUGGGGCCCGCGCAGGGGGGGAAGGUCCUGGUCAUGCCUGUGGAUGGCAGCCACUGGCUCAGCAUGCAGAUCCUGGUCAGGGAGCUCUCUCUGCGUGGCCACGAGACGGUCGUCCUGGUCCCCGAGACCAGCGUGCUCAUCAAAGGCUCCGACUACUACCGGACGCAGACCUUCCGCGUGCCCUACACCCGGGCGGAGCUGGACGCCACCAUGAAUGCCCUGGCGCACAACGUGUUCCUGAAGACACCAACGGCGGCCGGCCUCCUGUCGAACGUGGAUCGGCUGAUCGACUUCACCAACCUGCAGAUAAAGGGCUGUGAGGGGCUGCUGUACGACGGGCAGCUCAUGCAGCAGCUGCGGGAUGAGGCCUUCGACCUCAUGCUGACCGACCCCUUCCUGCCCUGCGGCUCUAUCAUUGCUCACGUGCUGUCGCUGCCUGCGGUCUACUUCCUGCGGGGCAUCCCCUGCGGACUGGAGGAGAAGGCAUCCCAGUGCCCCUCGCCCCCAUCGUUCGUCCCGCGGUUCUUCACAGGCAACACUGAUCACAUGAACUUCCUCCAGCGGGUGAAAAAUGUCUUUAUGGCCAGUACGGAGGAGUUCCUGUGCAGGAAAAUCUUUGCCGGUUUUGAUGAGCUGACCAGCAGAUACCUGGAGCAGGAUAUGACGUACAAGGAGCUCAUUAGCCAUGGAGCUAUCUGGCUGCUGAGGUACGACUUCACCUUUGAGUACCCCAAACCCUUCAUGCCCAACAUGGUUCACAUUGGGGGCAUCAACUGUAUGGAAAAGAAACCCCUGCCAGCGGAGCUGGAGGAGUUUGUGGAAGAGUCUGAGCAUGGCUUUGUGGUGUUCACACUGGGCUCAAUGGUGUCGGAAAUGCCAAAAGAGAUGGCAACCCAGUUUUCAGAGGCCUUCAGACAGAUUCCUCAAAGGGUUGUGUGGAGGCACACUGGCCCUCUGCCCGAUAACCUUCCAGACAAUGUCAAGAUUUUGAAAUGGCUUCCUCAAAAUGACCUUUUGGGACAUCCCAAAGCCAAGGCCUUCAUCACGCAUGGGGGAACACACGGCAUCUACGAGGCCAUAUGCAAUGGAAUUCCUCUGGUGAUGUUGCCUUUGUUUGGAGACCAGAGCGACAACGUGAAUCGCAUGGUGUACCGCGGUGUGGGCGAGUCCCUGAAAAUAUUAGACGUUACCACAGCCAAACUACUGACAACGCUCAACAAAGUCAUCAAUGAUAAAAGUUACAAAGAGAAGAUGAUGAAGCUCUCAGCAGUGCAUAAGGAUCGCCCCAUCGAGCCCCUCGACCUGGCAGUCUUCUGGACAGAGUUUGUUAUGCGGCAUAAAGGGGCAGGCCACCUUAGGACAGCUGCCCAUGAGCUCAACUGGAUCCAGUAUCACUGCCUGGAUGUGAUUGGCCUGCUCCUCCUCAUAAUAGCGACUGUUGUCAUAGUGACAGUUAAAUGUUGCACAUUUUGUUUUCGGAAAUGCUGCGCAAGAAAGACUCUUAAGAAGAAGGAAGAGUGAGUGUACGCUACUGGAUAAACUGAAGACUGUGCUUUUUAAUGGCGUAAAGGUUUAUGCAAAUUGGGAAUAUAAUUGAUUUAUUUUUUGCAGGUGAUUUACUGUAUAGCCAUUCAUUGUUAUGUAAUUAUUAAUGAACUUACUUCUGAUACAUUGCCUGUGACAUGCCAUUAAUCCAGUACCAUCAAUGAUUUCAUUAUCAAUGAUAAUGAGUGAGUCAUUAAUUAGAAUUAUUUGAUCAAACUCUUAACAGUUUUUCUUUAGCACUGCUUUUGUGAAUCAAAUGAAUCAAAUCAAAAUGAAUCAAAUAUAUUCAAAUAUGUAUUCAAAAAAAUAUGAAUCAAAUAUUUUUUUUAAACAAGUCAGAUGGUACUGUUCUGAUAAUGUACAAAGUUGCACUGUGCCAGCCAUUGGGGACAGGGGUGGGGGGCCAUUUUGCUAAAUGACAAAAUUGUAUAUUUUUCAUUGUGAGUUUAAGGUGGCACAGUUGAAAAUGGAUUUGGUUUUCCUGGUUAUGUUACCUAUAUGUUUGGCAAAUGGUCCAAAUAAACAAGAUUUAACACAAAAUACCAUAUGUACCUAACCAAAAUAGCAUUGCUGUUGCAUAGUAACUGUGACAAAUACAUACCAUACAUUAUGAAAUAUAUCAAGGGCAUAAUUUACAGGGGGGGUAGGGAGAUUAUAAUAAUAUAAUAAUAUAAUAAUAUAGCAUGAUGAUGAGAAAGACUAUUUCAAAUAAUAAAGAUGGGGAUUUCAUGAUGUGAUUGGAAUGUACUGGGAAACCUAGGUUGUUGUCACAGAAGGUGUAGGUGCCAUGUAUUCCAUGACCACUCCCCAUUUUUGCCAUUUUCACAAAUUCUCUGUUUUUUCUGCUUUCUGUGAUUUUUAGUAGUUUUGGAUGGUAACUGUCAACCUUAACAUGCCUAUGCAUUAUAAAAAUAGCCUAUUGCCAACUGCUGGGAGAAACAAAGUGUCACAAUGUGUACAGUUUCUGCAAUGUACUGGGAUUAAGGUUCUCGUCCUUGACAGUUGUUGAUGCCUGGCACUCCUUCCCCUGUUAGAUAACGUCAGACACAACUGGUGCUCAUCAAAGACUCAGACUUCACAAUGUACAAUAUUUUGUACCAAAAACUUUAAAGAAAUAAAAGCAGACACACGGUAA